AUGGGAGAUGGAAUCAAAAAAGUGAGACAAAGCCUUUUGAUUUCAGAUGCAGCUCAUUGUAAUGCCUGCCCAGAAGACCAGUACCCAAACAAGGACAACAGUCAGUGCAUUGCCAAGAGGAUCCACUUCCUUGCCUAUCAAGAGACUCUGGGACACACUUUCAUUUCUCUUGCGCUUUUUCUUUCUGUAAUCACGACUGCAGUUCUGGUGAUUUUCCUCAAGCAUAAUGAUACACCAAUUGUCAAGGCCAACAACAGAGAUCUCACCUACAUACUCCUGGUCUCCCUCCUGCUCUGCUUCCUCUCCUCCUUCCUGUUCAUUGGUCAGCCAGGGACAAUCACCUGUCUUUUCCAACAAACUGCCUUUGCCAUUCUCUUUUCCCUUGUGGUUUCCUCUGUCUUGGCAAAAACUGUCAUAGUGGUUCUGGCCUUCAUGGCCACCAAUCCUGGGAACAAGACAAGGAAACUCUUAGGAAAACCAUUGGCCAACUCCAUUGUCAUAGCCUGUCCCCUGAUCCAAGCCCUUCUUUGUGCCUCCUGGCUGGCAAUUUCUCCUCCAUUUCCUAACUUGGACUUCCACUCCUUAGUAGGAGAGAUCAUCUUGGAAUGUAAUGAAGGCUCAGUUUCAAUGUUUUAUUCUGUCCUCGGUUAUCUUGCUUUUUUGGCCCUCAUCAGUUUUACAGUUGCAUUUCUAGCUAGGAAAUUGCCUGACAGCUUUAAUGAAGCCAAGUUCAUUACUUUUAGUAUGCUGGUCUUUUGCAGUGUUUGGAUCACCUUCCUCCCUACCUAUCUGAGCACCAAAGGGAAAUCCAUGGUGGCUGUGGAGAUCUUCUCCAUUUUGGCCUCUGGAGCUGCUCUCUUGGCUUGUAUCUUUUUCCCUAAAUGCUACAUUAUUCUACUUAGGCCCAAUCUGAAUUUUUCCUCUGUGUUGGCAAAGAAUGUCAUGGUGGUUCUGGCCUUCAUGGCCACCAAGCCAGGGAACAGGGCAAGGAAACUCUUAGAAAAACCACUGACCAACUCCGUUGUCAUAGACUGUACCCUGGUACAAGCAAUUAUUUGUACCACCUGGCUGGGAACCUCUCCUCCAUUUCCUAACAUGGACUUCCACUCCUUGGUAGAUGAAGCCUUUUUGGAAUUGUUUCACAGUGUUGGGUUUGUUAGGAAUAAAAAGGUUACCUAA